GCCAGCCCCGAACCCGCAGGCGAACGAGCGCGCGGCCAGGCCGGAGCCCCCCGCGCUCGCCGCCCGGGCGGCUCCCUCCGGCCAUGGGGGCGUCCGCGCGGCUGCUGCGCGCGGUGAUCAUGGGGGCGCCGGGCUCGGGCAAGGGCACCGUGUCGUCGCGCAUCACCAAGCACUUCGCGCUGAAGCACCUCUCCAGCGGGGACCUGCUCCGAGACAACAUGCUUCGGGGCACAGUUGUCCCAGCACCAUUUGUUGAAAAGACUACUUUCAUUGACCAAGGGAAGCUCAUCCCAGAUGAUGUCAUGACUGGGCUGGCCCUUCAUGAGCUGAGAAACCUCACCCAGUAUAGCUGGCUAUUGGAUGGUUUUCCAAGGACACUUCCACAGGCAGAAGCCCUGGAUAGAGCUUAUCAGAUAGACACAGUGAUUAAUCUGAACGUGCCCUUUGAGGUCAUUAAGCAGCGUCUCACUGCUCGCUGGAUUCAUCCAGCCAGCGGCCGAGUCUACAACAUCGAAUUCAACCCUCCCAAAGCUGUGGGCAUUGAUGACCUGGCCGGGGAGCCUCUCAUUCAGCGUGAUGAUGACAAGCCAGAGACCGUUGUCAAGAGGCUGAAGGCUUAUGAAGUGCAAACACAGCCGGUCCUGGAAUAUUACCAGAAAAAGGGGGUAUUGGAAACCUUCUCUGGAACAGAAACCGACAAGAUCUGGCCCUAUGUCUAUGCUUUCCUACAAACAAAAGUUCCACAAAUAAACCAGAAAGCAUCAGUUACUCCAUGAGGAAAAGUGCAUAUAACCAGUGAGAUGAGCAGAGACUCCUCGCCUGUGCGUUUAGAAGCUCCUUGUUCUGAGACUGGCAUGAAUGAAUUCUUCGACAGUUAUAGUCGUUUCACUUCUACAGAUUUUAUUCUGGAAACUAAGGAUGUGUCAAAUGAGUCCGAUACAAAGAUUCAUCUUUUUGUCUAAGUGGGUUUUACCCAGGUAUCUUCUAUGGGUGUGCAAUUAAAAAACAAUCAGAUAUCUUAACUUUUGAAAAAUGUUUUAAAGCAUAAUUAAAAGAGCAA